AUGAAUACCCUCCAAGCACCUCAGCAGGUCACAUCUAGGCCUGACUCAUUGACUGUCCCCGGUGUUUCCAUCAACAUUAAUCUGUCCAUUGAUCGUCCCACCAACACAAAUAUCCUCUCAAUGUCAUCUUCCAGCAGUGGUCUGUCUGUUGAUUCAACUGUCCUUCAUGCUCCUGUCAAUGUCAAUCUGUCCAUUGAUUGUCCUGCCAAUGCAAAUACCAUCUUGAGGUCAUCUUCCAGCAGUGGUCCAUCUGUCGAAUUGACUGUCCUUAAUGCUCCUGUCAGCAUUAAUCUGUCCGUUGGUCAUCCCACUGAUGCAAAUACCAUCUCAAGGUCAUCUGCCAGCAGUGGUCUGUCCAUCAAUUCAACUGUGCUUAAUGCUCCUGUCAACAUUAAUCUGUCCAUUGAUCAUCCCACCAAUGCAAAUACCCUCUUGAGGUCUGCACUUGUGCAUUAUUGUGAAUUGUUCCAUGGACAUCAGAUCGGUGCAAGCCACCUUCUCACUCAAACAUUAGUAUUCAAAAGCCAGCCAAAGGCUGUGAAUGAUCCACCCCCUGCUCUCCAUUGGUGGCACUGUUCAGCUUUUCUUAUGCAUCAGGAGGCCAUCAUGAGCCUGAUCAGGUUAGUAGAUGGUGUGUACCCUCAAGACAGCAUGGACCUGGAUGUUCAAGAAUCACAGAGGUGCCUUUCCCAGGAGCUGGACUCUUAUUGCAAGUGCUUGGAUGCAAUAGUUGAUGCCCAAUGGGCAAAGCUGAAGGGAGAGCAGGGCUUGCAGUCAUUUUCUGGGAGUCUGAACUUGAUGUCUGACUUAAGUUACUCCGCUGGUUAG